UACGCGUGUGGGUGUGCGAGUUGGGACUUUGGCGGGCGGCCUGACGGCCCGCGAGUGGGUGUGUGUGUGUGUGUGUCGAGUGACCGGAGGGGGCGGCGGGGUGACCCGCGCUGGUCGGAGGCGGGCGAAGGCUCCGGGUGUGUGUGUGGAGUGUCGGGGGGCGUCCGCGCCCGCGGCCGGGACCCCCGAGCGGCGUGUCCCUCCCGCUUUGUGGCCCAGGCUCCCGAGCCUCGCAGACUAAUAGGGAUGCCAAAGGAAAAAUAUGAUCCUCCAGAUCCUCGCCGAAUUUAUACCAUCAUGUCAGCAGAGGAGGUAGCCAAUGGGAAAAAAUCUCACUGGGCAGAAUUAGAAAUUUCAGGUAGAGUGCGGAGCUUAAGUACAUCACUUUGGUCAUUGACACACUUGACAGCGCUGCACCUAAAUGACAAUUACCUUAGUCGCAUUCCACCCGAUAUUGCCAAGCUUCAUAAUCUGGUUUACCUGGAUCUGUCAUCCAAUAAACUCAGAAGUUUACCAGCAGAACUAGGAAACAUGGUGUCUCUCAGGGAAUUGCUUUUAAAUAACAAUCUGUUACGGGUUUUGCCUUAUGAACUUGGUCGGCUCUUCCAGCUACAAACUCUAGGUUUGAAAGGCAAUCCUUUAUCACAGGAUAUUCUCAACUUGUACCAGGACCCAGAUGGAACCCGAAAGCUACUGAACUUCAUGCUUGACAAUCUUGCAGUUCAUCCAGAGCAGCUUCCUCCGAGGCCAUGGAUUACAUUAAAAGAACGAGACCAAAUUCUACCAUCAGCAUCAUUCACGGUUAUGUGUUACAAUGUGUUAUGUGAUAAAUACGCCACCCGGCAGCUAUAUGGCUAUUGCCCCUCCUGGGCAUUAAACUGGGAAUACAGGAAAAAGGGAAUUAUGGAAGAAAUUGUUAACUGUGACGCAGAUAUCAUUAGUCUUCAGGAAGUGGAAACAGAGCAAUACUUCACUCUCUUUCUGCCAGCAUUGAAGGAGCGUGGAUAUGAUGGAUUUUUUUCUCCAAAGUCACGUGCCAAAAUCAUGUCUGAGCAGGAGAGAAAGCAUGUGGAUGGUUGUGCAAUAUUCUUCAAAACAGAAAAAUUUACAUUGGUGCAAAAGCAUACAGUGGAAUUUAACCAAGUGGCAAUGGCUAAUUCAGAUGGAUCCGAAGCUAUGCUAAACAGAGUGAUGACAAAAGAUAACAUUGGUGUUGCUGUGGUAUUAGAGGUCCACAAGGAACUAUUCGGAGCAGGUAUGAAGCCAAUUCAUGCUGCAGACAAACAGCUGCUUAUUGUGGCAAAUGCCCACAUGCAUUGGGACCCAGAGUAUUCUGAUGUGAAACUCAUCCAGACCAUGAUGUUUGUCUCAGAGGUUAAAAACAUUCUGGAGAAAGCUUCUAGUAGGCCUGGCAGCCCAACCACAGAUCCUAAUUCUAUCCCGCUGGUGCUAUGUGCAGAUCUUAACUCAUUGCCAGAUUCAGGUGUUGUGGAAUAUUUAAGCAAUGGAGGAGUAGCUGACAACCAUAAAGACUUCAAGGAACUAAGGUACAAUGAGUGUCUUAUGAACUUCAGCUGCAAUGGAAAGAAUGGAAGCUCAGAAGGGAGAAUCACACAUGGCUUCCAACUUAAGAGCGCCUAUGAAAAUAACUUGAUGCCUUACACCAAUUACACCUUUGAUUUCAAAGGCGUGAUUGACUACAUUUUCUAUUCCAAGACUCAUAUGAACGUACUUGGUGUCCUGGGGCCUUUAGAUCCUCAAUGGCUGGUUGAGAACAACAUCACUGGGUGUCCACACCCUCACAUCCCUUCAGACCACUUCUCACUGUUAACACAACUUGAACUCCAUCCUCCACUCCUGCCUCUUGUCAAUGGUGUUCACUUGCCGAAUCGGAGGUAGUGGAGUACUGCCCCGCAGAGACGGGGAUCUGUUGCUAUGGACCUGUACAGUUGUAAAUCAAAGUAUGUAGGAGUGAAGUAUGGCCAUCCUUAAGCUGCUUCUUCAGGUUCCUUUCAUUAUGUGUUUGCUAUAAUACUUUGUACAUUUUUGUGCAUAUUGAUAUCAUUUGGCACUAGGGCUGGAACCAAAGUAUUACUGUUUCUAAAUUUUAAUUUUACAUGUUUUAAAAUUGGUCCUUCUUCAUAUUGUAUUAGGAGACAGCAUCCAUAAUUUUUAAAGCACCAGGUUGAAGCCCAAAAACAGGGUAUUUGUUUUUCCAAAACAGAGCCAACCAAUUUUGUAAAAGGCAGUUUUUUAAGACUAUACAUACAGAUUUUAAGCUGAAUGAUGGCAUGCCAUGCAGGGAAAGCUUUCUUGAAUUUCUGUGUCUCUUUAUAACAAACCAAUUUUUUCCUCACCAAGUCAUUUGCACAUUAACAAAAGCACUUAAAUUUGCUUGAUCUGUACAUGAACUAUGAGAUAGCCUCUAACCAUAAUAAGAAAAUUUGAGAAAUUAAAGAUUGUACAAAUCAUUUUGCAUCAAGCAUUUAACAGCACAUGACAGUUUUUUGGCCAAUUGUUGUUGGGUUUUUGUUUGUUUGUUUGUUUAUUUCUAUUAGUUAUUGUCUUCUUAGAAGUAUUAAUUCUAAACCUGUCUUUCCAAUUUACUUUGAAGGGAACAACAGGUAAUUUAUACUGCCACAUGUCUUCAAAAUAGAAUUCGGUAUGUUUAUGAUGCCCACACAAUUGCUGUCUAUUAUUUUUCAUUAUUCUGAUCUACCUUUUCUGUCCAGCUUUAUUGGGAAAACAGAUAUUACAUCAUCGAUAUAAUUUUGGCCAUUAUAGUUAAGUGUUAAAAACAACAACAAAAUCUCAGAAACCAAUUGCUGAAUUAAAAGGCCUUGAUCAAAUAAAGUUUCAGAAGGGAAAAACAUACAAAUAUUUCAUUUAUUUUCCAAAGUAGAUUAACUUGUUGAUUUUGGUUUUUUGCAGUAACAUUGGAAAGGAUUUGGGGGACAGAGAGAGUUGAGGCAGUAGUUGAAAACGUUGAAUUAUUUUUCCUGACUCUAGCUGCCAAAUGGCCAUCAUAUGCUUUUAAUCUUUGUUUCCGUUGUUUGUCAGGGUUGAAUUAAGAAGCUACUGGUUUAUUCCCAACUGUUGAUGCCGUUAAAUAUGUUGGAAUCUCUUUUUGGCCCAAGAAGGGCUAGCUGAAAAUCUGUGACUCAAGAGGCAGUGAACAUAGUAUUGUUUUUUGGGGAAAAAUUAGUUGGCUACUUGAUGUUAAUUAUGGCACAGUAACAGGAAAAGGUUGUGUCUGUGUUUUUAAGUUUUUCUUUAUUCUGCUUUUUUGCUGCUAUAAAGAGUUUUCUGAAAUUAUAUUUUAAACUUUUCAUGCACUUUACUGUUUCUAGUCUCAAAAUGUGAUAUUUUUAAUAAACAAGAAAUUUUCCAUUAUGUGAAUGAAAUUUUAAAAGAAAAUAGCCUAUAUUUGUGUCUCCCUAAUAUAUAAAGUACAGGUCAAAUUUAAAUUAUUUAAUUAGUUUUAAAUAUAUACAAUUUGUCUCCUAUUUCAAACCUAAAAACUUAGGCUGUUUUAUUAGUCUUAAAUGAUGCAUUUCCUUUGGUCAUUUUAUACUGAUUUCUUCCUUAGUAAAUUAAUCAGGCUAUAUAAGAUAUUUCCCCAAAGGGUAAUUUUAGUGGGAUGAGGGUGGUGGGAUGAUGUAAUAUCAUUUAUGGGAUUGCAUCAGGAGGGUUCUGUAAAGCCUAAACUCCCUUUUAAAAGUGCCUAGUGAUAGAGGCGUUGUCAUCUAUUAAUAAUUGGAAGGUAACUGUAGUUCAGUGAAGUUUGAUGUAAAUAUUCUUUUAAAAAUCUUAAAGAACCAGAAAAUAAAAAAACAAGUGAAAAGGAACAACCUUUAAGAUGACAGAUUUUCCUCAACGUGCAGGUAUCCCUUCUUAUAUACCUCAAGCAUCCAACAUCUAGCCAUGCAAAUUGAUUACCUGAAGCAUAGUACUGGAAAGUAGAAUAGCAUGAAAAACUUAAUUUUGUGGACAUUACCUUUUUUUGUAAUCAGCUACUGUAUGUUUUAUUUUAGAUCUUUUGUUUUGGGUGUAUUUUCUGCUCUGGAGGUAUAUGCACUAACAAAACAUUUUCCUCCUUUUCAUAUACGCAUGUUAAUUAGCAAUGUGAGCAAUAUUUCCUACCAUACUUCACUCCCGAUAUUUUUUGAGAUGUUUGUAUAAAAUGGAAUUUAAAAUUCACUUAUGAUUGUAUAUGAACCACAGAGGAGCCCAUUUAUUAAUAAAAAAAACUUUUUUAAUAGUUAAAUGUAGAGGGGAAAAAUAAAAAAAAAUUGGGAAACAUUGUAAACAGCUUAAGUUUAUUUUGUGUAUGAUCGAGGCACUCUGUUGCAGGAAGGUGUGUAAUUGGGUUCUCUCUGCUUCCAAAUGCACUCUUUCAAACCAUUCAUUAUCCUGUGUAUUUUUAAUGUGGUUUUAGUAAAUGUUGGUAGUAGCUCUGUUGAAGUAGGUUAUUGUGUUAUGUUUUGGGUGGCACACAUACUUGGGGCAUGGUAACCCAAAUUUCAUGUGCACGGUUUCCCUUUAGCCCACUGCCCAAGUUUCACACACCCUUCACCCUUUGUUCCCUUUGUAAAAGGAGUGGUAUCUGUUUUGAGCUGCCAAUUCAGAUGAUCAGAAAUGCUGCUCUCCUCAGCAUUGUCUUGUUAAAACGCAUGCCAUUUGGAACUUUGGCAGUGAGAAGCCAAAAGAAGGAGGUGAAUGACAAUGACAUAUGGUUUAUAUUCAAUGAAAGUAAAAUAUAUGUAUUCAUAUACUUUCUAGUUCUCAGAAUAAGUUAAUAAGCUUUAUGCCAUUGGGCUGCUACAUAUUUUAUCUGAAGAUAAAAGAAAAUGGGGGCAUUUUUAGAUGUGAUACUUUUUAAAAAAUUGUUCAAUAUAAUUUCUGGUAUUUGUCUAAGAACUGGAGUGUUCUUUAAAUUUCUUAAAACAGUGUUGUUUGAGGAAGGAAAAACUGCACUGUUUGCUUUAUAGCAGUCAUAUAAAAUGCACGUCAAGUCACCCACUCUCUCAGGCAUCAGUAUCCGCCUCAUAGCUUUACACAUCUUGAUGGGGAAUAUUGCAGCAUCCUCAGGACUGACAUCUGGGAAAGGCUCAAAUCCUCUUACUGCUCCUUGCUUGUUGACUUUGUUUUAAAAUAUUGUGCCUGGUGUCAACUUUUAAGCAACAGCACUGCCUAAAAGCAAGCAGAGAACAGAAUCCCAGCACCAUUCUAUAGGCAACUUUUUAGAAUUCAGAUAUAGUAAAUCUGUUCAAGAUUUAUGAUGUUUUAUGUAAAAAAAUUUUGUACAACAUAGCUGAAUAUUUUUGUUUCAUUUCUUUGAUGUAAGGCGUGUGAACGCUCGUUUGAAUAUCACAUGUUAAAGUCAGGUAUGGCACAAUGGGUUCUGAGACCAGCUUUCUGCACCCCCUCUCUCCCUCUCUUUUGCCUUGUUCCAAAUUCUUUCUUUUGAUGUUUCUUUGCGGAUAGUCAUAAGCAGAUAUUUAAUUUUACAAUAAGCAUCCUAUGUGAAUGUAUUAGAAGAAGCCACUGUGUUUUGAUGUUACAGUUUGCAGAAAUAUAAAGCUGUUUCUUAUUUGCCCCUACUUUUUGUUGUCUUAAAGUUACAUAUUAAAUCACAGAAAAGCAAGGGAGAAAGUGGAAAUAUAUCUGAGUCUCAUAUCACUUGAUUCUAUAAAGUAUAUUCGAAUUGAGAGUUUGGCAAUAUUCAAACUGGAAAUGGGCAAACACAUUUGUGUUCCAUUUUAAAAUUCUGUCUCCUAAGUAAGGAUAAAUGUGUGAAACUUUGUAUUUUCAUUUCUAAGAAUUUCUAAAAUCAUUAAUGCCAUCUGUACUUUCAGUAUCAAACAACAAAGAGUGGAGAAAGCACAAGGAAAAAAGAAAAACAGGUUACAAAUGUUUUUUGAAGGAAUCAGAUAUAAGGUUUGUCAUUCUUAAUACAAGGCUAGAUUUCCUAGUGAUAGAAGUUGAUUAUGUACCAAAACUUACUUCUAAGCUUUUAUGUUCUGAGUUUGAGAUACUUUACAAGCUUUGCAAAAGAUGCUGACUGAUAAGUAGCUUUGAUCACAGAAAACAUCAGUUUUUGCUACAGUGAUGGUUUUAUAGCAAGCAAAGGGUUUAUGACACAUUCAAAAUAGUGUUCAUACAUAUUUUUUGACAGAAAUGUGAAUUCUCACAUUUGUAAGGUUUUCUUUUUCUUCACAUGUCCUCCUCUUUAGAAAAGAUUUACCCCUUUGCUUUUGUGUAUCACAUUUGUAAAAUUUUGUGAGUUGUAGGAAGACAUUAGGGAAGUGAGAAUGACUCUUCUAAGUCAGGAAGUUCAGUUAAGAGUUUUGAAUUUGUAGACAGAUGAAACUUUUAUGCUUUUCUUUGCUUUGGGUGGUUUUAAUUUUGUAAUAGUAUCAUGAUCACCAAAUUUUAAACUCAACAUAAGUAAAUUAGUACAUUUUUAACCUUGCUUGUUUACCAAAGUUAUAUUGUGACCUAUUUAAGAGCAGGGUGCCAAGAACAUCUUCCAUUUUAUAGAAUGAUAUAUACAUUUUUAUUUUAAAAGUACCAUCUAAAGCAUAAGUGUAAGAAAAGAUAAAAGAAAGCCCUUACAUGUAUACUGCACGAUGUUCUGAGUAGCAGAAAGAAACUAAAAAGAUCCACAGAAAAACAGAAAACCAAAACAGUUUUUUUCAGGAAGGUGAUAAGGGGAGAGCAUGUGUAAUUUUUGUUUUAACCAAAUACCAUCUUUAUAUAAACUUCUCUGUUAAAUCACAACUCCUACAACAAGAAAUAGGGAGAUACCAGGAAAAGCAAGCUUUAUUAACUUAGUAAUUUCUUUUGGCAUAAGUUUAGUUGGACUUGAAAUAUUAUUGGAACCAAAGGAAAAACAAACAUGUUGAGAUUUUCAUUCAGCCAACAUGACAUCAAAGUAAUGGAGUAUUUUUAAGUAAAAUAGUUCACUUUCAAAGCAUAUAGAAUAAGGAUAUUUCUAUUAAGUGUUUUUUUUUUUUUAUGUCACAUCAUAUAAACUAUAGCACUGAACCGAAAUUUUGUUCUCAGAAAUCACAUAUGAAAAGGAUAUGCAGAUGCCAAGUGAUAUGACUCUUUGGCAUGGUAGCAUGGUAUAUUCAGCUUUCAGAAUCCUUCCGAAGGUUAAGUUUGGCACCUAGUACCAGUUAUUUUUAACAGUCUCUCCAUUUUUAGGUAAUAUUCCUUUUUGUGUGUCUGUCAUUUUAAACUCUAAAGCAGAAGAAUCAUGGUAACCCUCUCAGAAGCGAUCCUUUCUUGUCUAUUUCAGUUUUCAGUUAGAUUUGAAUUACGGUUGUAUUUUCUUUCAAACUGUCAAUUGUUUUUUGUACCACAUUUGUUUAAUUUACCUGUAGUUGUGAGAACUCAGAAUUGACUCAGUGUUGAUGUAUCUAUCAAACAAUGGCUUUGCUUCUUACUGAACAAACUUAGUAUCCUGCUACUUGUUUAAAUCUUGAAGCAGUAAGUGAUGCAGUAACUGGGUUUGUAUUUAUUCAGAAACUGUACUGUCAUUUUUCUGUGCUUAACUUGCUAAAAAUAUAUUCCCUACCUGUGAAAUUCCUGAGCGGUGCUCUGCCAACUUUUGGGGGGGAGGGGUUUGGAUGGCUGUGUUACUGCACACUGGAUCUGGAAUUAUUCAGUGUUGUGAGUGGCAAAUUUCUUAAACACCAGCAGCACUGAGAAGUGCACUAUGGGCAUUCGUACAGUUGUCCAAAUGCAAACAAUCUUUCAUGUAGGAGAAGCUGGGGUACAGAGUUCAAUAGGAAUACUUUGGAGUAUUUGAGGAGGAUGAACAUUUCAGCUUUAGUUUUGUUGUCUAUGGAGUGGCAUAGUAUGGAGUAUUUUUUUUUUUUAAAGAGAAAAAGUGUGUAUGUAUUCAUAUUUUUUUUCUGAAAGGGUGAGGGUGAUGGUCAAAUUCACCAUGGAUUAAUUUAUAUCUUUUGUUGUAAUUUUUUCCAACCAUAUGACAAGUGCCAACUAAUUGUCCAUGGAUGAAAUACUCUUCUAUUCAAUUUACUGUUUGAGUCGGGGGCGGGGGGAGGAAGAGUUCAUUUAUUUUCAUUUCCUGGCAUUAAGUUAAACAGUUCUUUAUUUUUCAUAUAUUUGAGUCAUUUUGUGGCCUGUAAAGUAUUUUUAUAAUUAAUUCUAAUGGUCAGAAAGCAAAGCACAUGAUUUUAAAACUGAGCAAGAUCUUCUGGUAGUUUUUUUUCCUGAAUACUUGGUAGUUUCUAUUGAUUCUAUUCCAGAACAAAAUUCUGCUGUUUUAGGUUGUAUAUUUACUUUGCUUUUAUCCUAAGAAAAAGCCAAGCAUUAAAUCAACUUGCUAUUGUGUUCCGAUAAUCAGUUUAAAAUCUAAGAUUUUCUUUUUCUUUUUUUUUUAAAUUAGAAGAUUUAAUUAAGUGCCAUGUAAUUGUAGCUUGCUAGUGUUUAAUGUUUAAUAGAUUGAUUCUGUGGUGUUCUAACCAUUUAACACUCUGUCAACCUUGGAGAAAGUGGUUCUGCUCUUACUGAACACAUUCUCUGACAAAAUCACCAGCUGCUUUAUUUUUCUAUUUAUUACAGUUAAACAAUUGAUGCGGUCUGAAUCUUGACCAAACUGCUCAGCUGAGAUGUUUUUCCACAAUAGACACUGUACAAAAUGUGCGUGCAAAAGGACACAGUUGGGUGGUAGUAUUUUUUCAUUAAUGUGAACAUUGACUAAACAAAGCAGUCCUGCCUUUUAAAUCUUGUGGCAGCUCAGAAGGGAGGUGCUUAAGAACCUUAACUACUAUGUCAGAUGACAAAAUACUUUUUUCCAUUUUGGAGAUUGGGUACUGCUCACACAUGAUGUAUAGGGCUAAAUAUAUGCUUGUUUCCUUGCACCUGUGUACUUCCCUAUCUCUCCACCCCCCCUUCCCUUCCCUGUAGGCAAUAAAUGGCCAUUUUGCAACUGCA